AUGUCUGAAAUUCAGAGAUGGACGGUGAAUGAGCCAUACCUCGAUAUCCCGGGAACGUUACUCGAAGGCCCCUAUCACGAUGCAGCCAACAACGAGUUCCGUUUCGUCGAUAUCUGGGAUCAGAAGCUUUACCGCCUCGAUCUGGCCAAAGACCCAGAUUCCCUUAGAGUCAUCGAUACCGCCGCUUCUGUUGGAAUGCGUUUCAAUGACGGUGCAGUUGACAGCCACGGCCGGUUCUGGGCAGGGGCCAUGAACGACCCCAAGAUCAAGAACCCGGACGCCGAAGGCGUUCUAUUCAGACUGGACCCAGACCUUAGUCUGCACCGUAUGCUAACCUCGGUGACGAUUCCCAACGGCAUCGGCUGGAAUGCCGCAGACGACACCAUGUACCUGACCGACUCGCCGACGGGCAAGAUCUUUGCCUUUGACUUUGACGCUACCACCGGCGCCAUCAGCAACCGCCGCGUUCACUUUGACAUCGGCUCGUCGCUAGAACCUGAUGGCUUCGCCAUUGAUGUCGAGGGCUGUAUCUGGACUGCCGUGUACGGCGGUGGGUGCGUGCUUCGCAUUGAUCCGGCUGGCAAGGUGAUUGGGCAAAUUGACCUGCCAACGCGCAACGUGACUUGUCCUACUUUUGUUGGCAUCGAGCUGUUCAUCACUACUGCCAAGGAUGAUCGUGAUGACGAGCGGUUGCCCCAGUCGGUACGGUAUGGGGGCCGACUUUACAGGGUUGACGUUGGGGUCCGGGGCAAGCCCAAGACCGAGUUUCGGUUUCAGAAGUAA